AUGGCAGCAUGGUCUGUGACCUUCGCAACCACAGAAGAGGCUUUCCAAGAGCUGGCGCCGGUGCAGAAGGGUGAGAGGGUCCUGAUACACGCGGCCACCGGUGGUGUUGGCCUGGUUGCUGUUCAGUUUGCCCAGCGUGUGGGUGCCACCAUCUUUGCCACUGCCGGCAGCCCAAAUAAAGUGCAGCACUUGCGUGACAUGGGGGUAAAGUACAUCACCAGCAGCCGCGAUGUGAAAAAGUUCGAAGAAGACAUGAAGGCAUUCCUCAAGGAGGACGGCGCAAGCGAUGGGGUGGAUGUGGUUCUCAACUCUCUGAGUCAUGAUGAUUACAUCCCGAAGUCCCUGGGCUUCCUCUCCAAGGGCGGGCGAUUCAUGGAGAUUGGGAAGAGGCUUAUCUGGAGCCAUGAUCAGAUGCGUCGUGAACGCCCAGAUGUUCAGUAUGAGAAGAUUGCCAUGGAUUGGGUCAUGGAAUUCCAGCCCGAGCGCUACAAUGUGCUGAUGAGACGCCUCGUGUCCCAAAUUGAAAAGGGUUGGUGGAAGGAAGUGCCUUUGACGAUCUACGACGGCUUGAAUUCUGGCAUCGAUGCGAUGCGCUACCUGCAACGGGCGCAGCAAAUCGGAAAGGUUGUGCUUGCGCAGCCUUCCCGCAUGGAGUGCCAAGAGGAUGGGUCCUACAUUCUCAGUGGAGGAGUGGGCGCAUUGGGCUUGGUGACGACCCGGAUGAUGGCAGAAGAGGGCGCCAAGUCUGUGGUGCUGUUGUCAAGAAGGGGAGUCGUUGGAGAAGACCUCAAAGCCAUGUGGGACCAGCUGCAAGACUUCGACAUUGAGCUGCUGGUGAAGCCGUGCGACAUUGCCAGUUUGACAGACACGCAAGAGCUCGUGGCCGGCCUUAAAGGUAGCUCUGGCUACACAGUGCGCGGCUUCAUCCACUUGGCCGCUGUACUGGACGAUGCGACGCUGCCGAAGCUGACCAGGAAGCAUUUGGAGCGUGCCUACGGUGCGAAGGUGUGGGGAGCAAGGCACCUGCACCUCUGUCUUCAGUCCCAAGCUUCGCCAUUGGAUUUCGCGGUGCUCUUCUCCUCUACAUCUGCCCUUCUUGGUCUGCCUGGCAAGUUUGUUGUGCUCUUUUGCUUUGAGGGCAACUACUCUGCGGCCAAUGCUGCCCUGGAUGGUCAAGCGCGCUACUGGAAGGCCUUGGGUGAGCGCAUGGUUUCCGUUCAGUGGGGCCCAUGGCGUGAAGUUGGCAUGGCCGCCCAGAAGGGGACCGUUCAGCGUCUGAAGGCACAAGGUCUCGGGAGCAUCGGCAAUGUGAUCGGCAUGGCGGCUCUCUCGGGAUCCUUACGUGCUUCUGGUAGCGUGAUUGCAGCCUGCCCGGUGCACUGGGGGCAAUACCUGAAGCAGUUUGGCAAGUCUGUGCCCUCCUUCUACUCGCGAUUCCGCCGAGAAGCCAGCUCCAGCAGCAGCUCCGCGCCCAGUGGUGGCCGCGCACUGGUGCCGGGCGCGAUGGCGCCCCGGCCUGCCGCCGUCAGUGCGGAUCAGGUGCAGGCAAUGGUGCUUCAGGUGGCCGGGGAGGUCACAGGCACUGCUGUUGGCGCGCAGGAGCCACUCAUGGAAGCCGGAAUGGAUUCACUUUCAGCUGUCGAGUUCCGCAACCGGCUGUCCAACGAAUUGCAGGGAGUCAAGCUUCCAAACACACUGAUCUUCGAUUAUCCCACAGCCGCAGCCAUCAGCAUGUAUGCAGCCUCGCAGUUGAGCCAAAUUGCGGGUGCUGGACAGGUUGCUCCUGUGGGGGCGCCAGGAGUCAGCGCAUCGCAAGUGGAGGCCCUGGUGUUGGAGAUUGCUAGCGAGGUCACUGGCCACGGUGUGGACCCUCAGGUCAUUGAGAUUCCUUUCACGCGCUGGGACCUUGACCAGUACUACUCCGCAGAUCCAGAUGCCCCUGGCAAGACCUACGCAAAGCAUGGUGGAUUCAUCGAAGGUGCAGAGCUCUUCGAUCCCUCCUGCUUCUCCCUGUCGGCUGCCGAGGCGGCAACCAUUGACCCACAGCAGCGGCUGCUGUUGGAGGCAGCUCACACGGCUUUCUUGGCCGCUGGCUGGGAACGGGAUCGGCUGAUGGGUGCUGACGUGGGAGUCUUCGUGGGCCAGUGCCAAUAUGAUUGGUUCGUCAUGGUUUCGGUGGGUGACAAGUUCAAUCCAUACACUGGCACUGGCAUCUCAGCGUCCAUCAGUGCGCUGAAGGAGGUCGCAUACUUUCAGAUAGCAUGGCCGGCCCAUUUUUGCGACGAGACCAUGCCAGGGUACAUCUUUGGUGUGAAGGGCCCAAGCUUGACAUGCGACACGGCCUGUUCGUCCUCUCUGGUGGCUGCUGAUGCGGCACUUUCUUCACUGCGCCGGGGAACUGCUGAGGGCGCUCUCGCGGCGGGCACGAAUCUGAUUCUUGGCACUGGCCCGUACAUCAGCUUCAGCAAGGCGAAGAUGCUCUCUGAGGACGGCCGCUGCUUCACCUUCGAUGCCUCAGCAAAUGGCUACGCACGCGGAGAGGGUGUCGGGUCCGCCUUCUUGGCAACCCUCCCAGAGGAUGGAGAGGCUUCAACGGCCCGUGCGUUGCUCAGGGGCACCGCCGCAAAUCAGGAUGGCCGCUCAGCUUCGCUGACUGCGCCCAAUGGCCCAUCACAGCAGGCAGUCAUUCGCCGCGCGCUCAUGGAAGCUGCUGCCAGUGCAGGCGAGGUUGGCCUGAUCGAGUGCCACGGCACUGGUACUGCUUUGGGCGAUCCGAUUGAAGUGGAUGCUCUAAAGUCAGUUCUUGGUGAAGCUGGAUCAGCUGUAGUCCUGGGUGCAGCAAAGACCAACAUUGCGCACUUGGAGGGUUCGGCCGGCAUAGCUGGUUUCAUCAAAAGCGUCCACAUGCUGGAGAAGAACCAGGCACCAGCAAAUCUCCAUUUCCAGAAUCUGAAUCCACACAUCGACCUUGAAGACUUCCAGGCAGUGAUCCCUGUGGAAUUACACGAGCUGCCUUCGGGCAAGGUGGUCUCAGGCCUCUCGUCCUUUGGAUUUGGUGGCACAAAUGCACACCUUACAUUCGGAAGUGCCGCGGCGCACUCUGGACAGAGAGUGACCAUCGCAGAGCCUGCCGCUGACGAAGGAGGUGCCAUCACGUUCAGGCACACCUCUUUCCCCUGGCGAGAGACGGCCUACCGCUGCCUGCGACGAAAGAUCAUGGAGGGCCGUGAUGUGCAUUACGAAUGCACCAUCAAGUCAGACAUCUUCAAAGUUUGCGCAGAGCACGUGGCAUUCAAUGAGAUCGUCGUGCCAGGUGUGGUGUAUGUGGAGCACGCUAUGGAGGCUGUAAAGACCAUUGUCGGCAAGGAGGGCUACCUUAAGGACUUGGCGAUGACCUGGCCUCUGGUGGUUCCAAAAAAUGCGGAUGAGCCCACGGCAACCACGGUUUUCCUGCGGUUUUGUCAGAUGGGGGACAAGUUCGAGAUGCGCAGCUCCCGUGGAGAUAGCACUGAAAUGAUCACUCACUGCGAGGGACGCAUUGGCCGAGGGCUUGCCGACCCAGCAACCAUCGACCUGGAGGAGCUGCGGCGCAUGUGCACUGAGGAGGUUGAUCCCAAGGAUGUGUAUGCCGCCAUCCACAAGGGCGGCUUGUGGCUGGGCCCUAGAUUCCAGGUGUGCAAGCAGAUGCAGCGCAUGCGGACGGGACCUUCCGGUGAAGGUGGUGACAAGCAUGUCCUUUGCCGUUUGGAGCAUUCGCCAGAGCCCGGAUCCCAGUAG